UCUGCAUCACGUGAGGCAUGCGAAAAUGGCGGAUUCUCUCCCUGCGGAGCUGGACGUAGUAGUCUUGGGUACAGGUCUGCAAGAAGCCAUUAUUGCAGCUGCCUGUUCCCGAAUUGGCAAGAGAGUUCUUCAUGUUGACAGAAACAACUAUUAUGGAGGAAACUGGGCCAGUUUUAGCUUUUCUGGAUUGCUGUCUUGGAUUGAAGAAUGCAGAGGGCAAAAAUCUAGCAAUGCAGAAGUUAACUGGAAAGACAAGAUACUGGAAGGUGAAGAUGCCAUUCAACUAGAUCAAAUUGAUAAGUCCAUUAAAAAUGUGGAAGUCUUCUGCUUUGCAAGCAUGGUUACAGAGGAAGCUGUUGUGGAAGAAGGAGCACUUGAGAAUAAGCAAUCUAAUGUAGAUUUCAACGGUGCAACAGAGAAUGGAACAUCAAGCAGUCAGGAUGAGAAAAAUCAGACAUUGAAAAGUACAAGCGGCAAUGAAGAAAAUCCAGAAAAUAUCAAGGACCAAGAUACUUCAAAUUCAAAAAAGGAAGUUUCAACUGAAGUAAUUCAACUAGAAGACAAACCCUCCUCUACAGACGUUCCUUCAUCCGCCACCAGUGAUACAAGUCUGGCCAAAGAAUUGAAUGCUGUUGAUGUAGCUUCAGUUGAGAUUAAAGCUGACAAUAUAGAACACACUGUUUCUGCUCAAGAAGAUAAGAAACAAACCAAAACAAUGACUUACUCACAAAUUAUUAAGAAUGGCAGGAAAUUUAACAUUGAUUUGACUUCAAAGUUUUUGUAUUCCCGUGGUUCCCUUGUUGAUCUUCUUAUCAAAUCCAAUGUCAGUCGGUAUGCGGAAUUCAAAAAUAUUAACAGGAUACUUGCUUUUCAAGAAGAAAAAGUUGAACAGGUACCUUGUUCCAGAGCAGAUGUCUUUGCCAGCAAACGUCUCACCAUGAUAGAAAAACGAAUAUUAAUGAAGUUCCUUACUUUCUGUUUGGAAUAUGAACAACAUCCAGAUGAAUACCUAGACUUUAAGGACAGUACAUUUUCAUCUUAUUUGAAGACAAAGAUGUUAACUACCAGUCUCCAACACUACGUUUUGCAUUCUAUCGCUAUGAUCUCUGAAAGCGCUAGCACCAUAGAGGGACUCAAAGCAACACAGCGCUUCUUGCAUUGCCUUGGCCGCUAUGGGAACACGCCAUUCCUUUUUCCCUUGUACGGCGUUGGAGAAAUGCCACAGUGCUUCUGCAGGAUGUCUGCAGUCUUUGGUGGAACAUAUUGUUUGCGACAUUCAGUGCAAUGCCUGGUGGUCGACAGAGAAACGGCAAGAUGUAAAGCUGUAGUUGACAGUAAUGGCCAUCGCAUAACCUGUGAAUAUUUUAUUGUGAAUGAUGGCUAUCUACCUGAAAGAAAUACUAAAAAUCUCCAGUACAGGUACAUUUCGAGAGCUGUUCUCAUCACCGAUUCAUCCAUCUUGAAGUCUGACUCUGAGCAGAUUUCUAUUUUGACUCUGCCUGCAGUGGGGGAUUGCCAACCAUCUGUACGAAUCAUUGAACUCUGUCCAUCUUCAAUGACCUGUCCACAGGGCACCUAUUUGGUCCACUUAACUUGUCCAUCGAAUGGAUCUGCCAAAGAAGACUUGGAGCCUGUGAUAUCUAGACUUUUCACACAAUACAGUGAAAAUGAAGAAAAUGAUUAUAAUGAAUGUGAAGGAGAGAAACCUAAAGUGCUUUGGGCUUUGUAUUUCAAUGUAAGAGAUUCAUCUGCGGUUGACAGAAACUCGUAUGAAGGCCUUCCCAGUAAUGUUUAUGUCUGUUCUGGACCUAAUGCUGCUCUUGGAUUUGAACAGUCUGUUGAACAGGCGGAAGCUAUCUUUCAUCAACUCUGUCCUGGGGAAGAGUUCUGUCCUGCUGCUCCAAACCCUGAAGACCUUAUUUAUGAUGGCGAUGGUGCAAAACCAGAAAAUGCUGGCUUUGACGCUCCUUCAGAAUCAGAAACUGUCGAAGUAAAAGAAAAUGUGGACACAGAUGCUGCAGAGGAUGGUAACAAUAAAAUGGAAGAAACCAGUGAAAUACUGGCUGCUAAUAAAACGGACAGAGAAUCCGAAACAUCCAGCCCCGAUGCUCAUACUCUGAAAAAUAGCAUUAAUGAAACAGAGGUGCUAAAAAAUGCAGAAUGAUAUAUUUCGGGGGGAAAAUCUGAGUUAAUGGGGAUAGCUGUUUUCCCUAAAUUAUAUUGAAGCAAACAGCAAAUAUAGAGGGCAGCCUUGCAUGCAGCAACAUGCAAAACACAACUGAGCAUUGAAAUUCAUUGGGCAACCUUUAAGUUAUCUGACCUUUAAAAGAAAAUACUCCUGGCAAAUAGAUCCACCUGCUGUUACAACUUCCUCUAUUGUCUCUUUUUCCCUGGUUAGCAUCACCACCCACCACCAUCCCACUCCCUAAUGAUGAUGAAUGUUGAACUUUGUUCACACUAAUUGAAAGCAAAUUGUUGUCUUAUCAUCAGAACAAGAUGAGGGGGAUCAAAUGCUGAAAUAAGUCUGCCUAAAAUGUGUGGAUAUUACAAAAACAAUUAAAGCAUAAAAUCAAAGCUGUAGCUUGCCUUGCUGGAACAUUUAUUGCAAUGAUCCUGCUGCCCAAAGAAUUGUGCCCUAGUCUUUCAUGAUAAAUGGUAGAAAAUAUUUCUUUUGACAAGAAAUACACAAACCAUUCAACAUUCUGAAAAAUUGUUUACUGGAAAAAAUUAAGUGCUAAUAUUAUGUUAUGAAUAUACUUUAUAAAGCGGUGGCAGGUGCAAACAAUUUUCUCAGUGGAAAAUCAAAUGGGUCUGUAAUGAUAUGUGAUGGAACAGCAGAUGUUUUGCAGAUCAAGGUAGUAUUUUCCAUGACUAAUGUGUACAAUAUCAAAAACAUAUACUGUGCAAUAACCUGUGAAAAUCCUCCUUGUUUAAUGCUUAUGUAAACAAAAGUGAUUAAAAUGUUGCAAAAAUCA